AUGGGGGCGAAUCCUCCGUUGAAAGGGAUCAGAGUCCUCGAACUCGGUGGCCUCGCCCCGUCUCCUUUCGCCGGGCUCGUCCUGGCCGACUAUGGCGCCGACGUCGUGCGCAUCGACCGACCGACCAGGGUGUUCGGCCCACCGCGAGACACCCUCUGCCGACACAAACGGUCCAUCGUGAUCGACCUCAAAUCGGCGGCUUCACGAGACGCCUUCCUCGCCCUGGUACGCGCCGCAGACGUGCUCAUCGACCCGUACCGGCCGGGGGUCAUGUCCCGCCUCGGACUCGGCCCGGAGACGCUCACGAAUCUCAACCCGCGCCUCAUCUACGCACACCUGCACGGCUUCCGCCCGGACGGCACGUACGGGCAGGCUGCGGGACACGACCUCAACUACCUCGCCGUCAGCGGCAUCUUGAACAUCGUGGGCCGCAAGGGCGAAAAGCCGUCGCCGCCGUCGAACGUGCUGGGCGACUUUGCGGGCGGCGGCCUGGUCUGCGUCGCGGGGAUCCUGUUCGCGUUGCUGCACCGACACUCGACCGGCAGAGGGCAGGUGGUGACGGCCAACAUGGUCGACGGGACCUCGUACCUCGCGACGUUCCCGCGGCAGCAGCACGGGCACCAGAACAUGGACCGCCCGCGCGGCGAGAACCUCUUGGACGGCGCGGCGCCGUUCUACGAAGUCUACGAGACCAAGGACGCGCGGUUCGUCGCCGUCGGCGCCCAGGAGCCGCAGUUCUACGCCCAGCUGCUGCGUGGGCUCGGGCUCGGCGGAGGCCUCGGACGGGGAAAGUUGCCGGACCAGUGGGACAGGACGCACUGGCCGGCCAUGAAGCGCAGGUUCGAGGCCAUCUUCAGAACAAAGUCCAUGGCUGAGUGGCGCGCCGUGUUCGACGGGACAGACGCGUGCGUGAGCCCCGUGCUCGCGUGGGACGAGGUCGAGGCCCCGUACCGGCCGCUCGUCGAGCUGAGUGGGAGUCCGAGUCGGGACGUCAGUGUGCAGGAAGAUUUCCCGGAGCUCGAGAAGGGUCAAGGGUGUGGCGAGGUGUUGAGCGAGUGGGUCCCGCACGUCCAGGGGAAGAUGAGUGUUGACGAUAAGACAAAGGUGCUGACGAUGAAGAACGGCAGAGAUGUGAAGUUGUGA